AUAACGCAAACCCGUCGGAAGAAAAUUGAAAAAAGAAAAACAAAGUGCAAAAAUCGCGCGCGUAAAGUGUCAUUGACUCAUUUACACUUUAUUAUCAUUACCAAUUACAUUUGUCGAUAAAUACGUUCAGAAAGGCAUUGUUUAUGAAGUUGUACGACGGGUCCAUACUUGUUUUACGAAACAGCUGCGUAGUGAAAAAGUACCAGCAUAAUGACACGAAUUACAAGGAGUAGGCAAACUGCAGUAUCAAUUGUUGAAACUACAACUAAAAAGAAAACUACAGUAAAGCUUACUACUACUGGUACAGUAACAAAGAAAAUCGUUGGCAAAACAAGAUCCAAUGUUAAAAAAGCAUCCAAUCAAGAUGAAAAUACAGUGCCCUUUAGUCAAAUCAAUAAAACAUCCAAAUCUAAAGAUUCAAGAUCAAAAGGAUUAGUUGUAGGUACAAAGUUGCUUAAUAAUGAUGAAGAGCCACAUAGUAUAGUUUUAGGAUUGAAGUCUCCAGUUCUGCGUGACAGAACUAAUACAACUAAUACAACAAAUGAGCUUGCCAAAAUAGAUACUGUUUCAAAAUUACCAGAAAAAAUGCCAUCGGCUGGAAAUAUGACAUCAAAUGCCAAACGAACUACUAGAAAUGCAAAGAAACAAAGUACUUUAAAUAUAAAUAUUUUGCAAAGGUCUACAGAAAGCUACUCAAUGAAAACACUAAGAGCUCGAGCAAAAGAUCAUCAUAGAAACAAUUUCUCAAAUAAAGAUCUUUUACAUAAUAAUAAAGCAAUUGAAACAUCAUUAGAGGAAAAAGAUACUAAUAGAAAUUUGAAUACAAAUCAAGAACAGUCAUUAUCUGAUAAAGUUAAAUCUGAAACUGUUCGUACAAUGAAAAAAGCUAUGAAAAGAAAAAAUAUUUCUGUGGAAGAUAUAGAAAGGAUUUUAAAUGAGGAUGAUGGUAAGGAAAUAAGCGGUCAUGAAACAUCUGAUGAUGAAGAAAUCGAAUCUAUCCAUGAAAAAAAUUAUAAAAAAGAUGGGAAUAAAACUAAAAAGUUUUUCAAACACAAAGGUAUUGUUGAAGAAAUGAAAUCAACUAUUCAUACAAAGAAAAAUUUGGUUCAAAAUACCACAAGCAGAGCAACUAAGAAAGUAAAAAAUAAUGAUAGUACAUUUAGUCCCAAAGUGGUUAAUGGAAGGCAAUCUAUUAAACCAGAAAAUAGAAAAUUGCGCACAAGGGUAGCGAAAAAUUACUGUGAAACAUCAAGGCUUUCAAAUUCCAAAAAUGAAGCCAAGAAAGUUAUCGAUAAACCCAUUGAAAAUGAUCACAAAGGUGUACCUAUUUACAAAAAUAUCAAAUUAUCUGAAGAAGAACAUAAAAUAGAAACAGAUCAAGUUUAUGAAUUUGAAGCAUCUCAAGAUGAUGGUCAAAAAAGUAAAAAGAGGAAAAAGACAGUCAAAAGGCCAGCUGUCAAACGUGCAAAGAAAGUCACAAACUUGCCAAUUGGUUUGGCUCCACAAUUAAAAAGAAAAUCUGCUAAAAUUAUCGGCAAGAAUGUGCAAUUUAAAGUGGAAAAUUUAAAUCGAGUAAAUAUGAAUAUAGUUCCACGCGAGAAAAAUAUCAAUGAUGUGAUCAAUACAGAGACAGCUACAAUAUCUAACAAUGUAGAAACAAAUUAUGAGGUUCCUAAUGAGCCUUCGCAGAUUGGUAACAGUACAUUUCAAGAAGCUCCAACCAUCAAAAUAGUGUCAAAUGAAAAAUUAGAAAGCAAUAACAGAUACCAUUUAACUACUACCCCGGCAGCACUAAAAACAGCUGCUUCAGGAAUGAGAGUAUUUGAUCAUAAAAAUUACAAUAUUUCUCAGCCAAAUCAGUUGAAGAAAAUGGCAAAUCACUCACUAAUGAGGGAAUCCAUGUCUCCUAUAAAAAAGGUGAUAGAAGAGUUUGAUACUGGCAGUCCAUGGAGAGUACCACCUGUUGAAACUUUCACUCGAAUAAGGAGAGUGGUGCAAAGCACACCUCAGGUCAAGAGACAGGCUGUACUAUAUGAAAAGAAACCAUUAGACCAUAUUGAUAAGCUCAAUAAAAAAUCUUUUGGUUCAGAAGAAACAAUUCACUUAUCAUCUGCAGCUCUUAAUCAACUUAGUAAAGAGUUUAGUUUAGGAGAUAUGAGCACCAUUAAGCAGGAUGAACCAAGAAAAUUUGGAACAGUUAUUUCUAACUUGAGCUCAUCCAAAUCAUCAACAAAUAGAACUGGUUCAAGCAGUAAUUCUGUCACUCAGAAAUCCCCACCACAAGGUACAUCCCUGCAGUCUAUUAAACCAGCAAAUAAUCAACAGUCACCGGUUAAAGCAAUAUCACCUCCAGCUGCUGAUCCAAACUUGCCUGUAAAUUAUAAGAAACUGGACAUUGAGGAUCCAACUAUUAGUUUUGAUAACAAGGAGAAUAUCAGCCCAAAAUCAUCUCCAAAAAAAAAAAUCGUUGCACCAAGUCCUUUCAGAUUUGAAAAAAUACGGUCCUCCAAACGAUUGGCUGCAAUUGCUUCAAACUCAAUUUCACCUGAAAAGGUUUCCUCAACAAAAAUUUACGAACCAGAUGCAGAAGCUGGUCCGUCAUGGCUCGACAAACCAAAACCUACGUUUAUGAAACAAACGAAUCUCAACAAUUUCUUAAACCUGGUCGAUAUGCCAGGAAGCACAAAUAUUGCUACGCCACACGGUAUUUUCGACGACGUUUGCUCUACACCAGUUAGUGGAAAGAAACCAAGAAAGUUUAUUGAAGAAGCCAACAUUGAAAAUGCUUUUGGCUUUGAUGAUUUUGAUUGUGACGACGCAUCAAACGUUGAAAAUGUCUCAGCAGUUAAGAUCGCUACAGAAGCAGACGUGAAAAAAAGUGUGAAGGGAAAGCUGUUUCCAAAAGCAAGGGUAAAGUCUGCUGUACCAUCGAAAAUUUCUGGAAAUACUGCGAAAAAGACUUUUUUUAAAGCUGUUUUGAAAAAGAAGGCAAUUGAAAAGUUAUCGGAAUUUCAUCAGAAAGCAGAAGAAGACAGUGAUUCUUCUGGAAAAGAUAGUGAAAAUAAGAACGAUCAACUGGUGCCAUAUACAGAGUCAGAAAACGACAAAAAGAAAACCAUAUUAGAUGCUAUUACAUUUUCAGAUACUUUUGAUGUUCUUUCCGAAAACGGAGCAGAACUUGAAGCAAAAGUACCCGAAGAAAUACCUUUAUUUGUUGAUUUGGAGCCAGUGCAUUUUACAGAUCCUCCACGGAGAUCGUACAACAAAAGAAAGCGAAAUGUUUGUUUUGAUGUAGGCAGAUGCGAAUCUUCAGACGACGAAGAGCACGAAAAGAAAAAAGAAAAAAGAAAGAAGCCUAAGGAAUCUCAUCUCAAGAAAGAAGAGAAAAAGCGCAUGGAAGAAUGGGUUAAAAAUGUAAAUAAGACGUUUGACGAGAUUGAACAUUUCGAUUUAAUAGUUGAGUAAACUUAAAAAAGUAUAAUUAUUAAUCAAAAAAAGAGAAUGUGCGUAAAAAGUGAUAUAAUAUGUGAUCGCUUUUGAACUUUAUUAUUUUUAUAUCACUCCUUUGUAAAUAUUCCUUCAGUAUCGUGUUUAAUUUUUUAUAAGUUGGUUAAUUAAUAAAAUAGUUUUUAAUUUUUAGACCUUUUAAAAAGAACUAUUUUAGGUUUGUUGGAGGUUUUCUUUUCAUUAUUAGAAUUAAGAAAUACGUGAAAUUGUAUGAUUCGGUGAUUUUAAAUUUUUCCAAGUAAAUAUUUAUGAUAUACUUGUAGGUAAGUGUAUUCUAAGUGUAUAUAACUCAUUGCGAGUUAUAUAAGUUCCAUGAGAGCUCCAAUAAAUUAUAUAAUUAAGUAUUAAAAGUUACUGAAGAGUAGAAAGUUAUAAGAUAGUGUACUGUGCAAUUACCAUAGCACUAAUUAAUUUUAAUAUAUAGUUUUCAGACCUCGUGAAAAUUAUAUAUUGUUUGCGAUAGAGAUUCUAAUAUUGACUAAACAUCUGAAUGGAAAAGUCAGAUAACGCUCUAAUUGUUUUAAGCGUAUAUAUAGCUUUUCUACUUUUACACAUUUUUUAUUACUACUAUUAAAGUCAAGCAUGACUUCAUGUCGUACACAUAAAGCAACAAUAAAAGACUUUGUACGUAGGACUGGGCUUUUGAAUAAACAAAAAGAAAAAAAAAAACC